CUCCAAUAAUUUGUAAUGGCGGGUAUUUCUACAAGUCCUAUGAAUUUUAUUUUUUUUCUUAAUUACCUAUGGUCUAUCCUUAGCUUAGACGAUAGAGUGAAAACAUCUGCUGUAUGUUUUUUGUAAAGGCAUUAUAAAACUUGAAUUGAAAACGCUAAUUUCGAGGAACAGACGAAAUUAUCAUAGUCAUGCUGCCGGUGUUCACGGUUACUUUCAGAAAUUGAAACUAAGUAUAAAUGAUUAGGAUAUUUGGCUGCAGUUAAUUGUAACAGUAAAAUGUUAGUUUAAUGUAACGCUUACCUCUUGGCGAUAACUCACUGAAGAAAAUGUGAAUUGAAGAUAAAUAAUGCACUGUAAUUGCCUAUAACUAAAAUCUUUUUUUUUUCCUAUGAUUUUUUUUUUUAAUUGACCAUAUCUCUGCAAUCUAUCUAGUUGCUGCCGGAAAUGGCGGUUUUUACGUUGAGGUCUCUGUCAAUUAUGUUGUUGUUGAUUUCAAGUUCCAUUCAAACCACGCGUGGCUCGAAGUUGAAUAUUCCCAAAGUUUUAUUACCACUUGCCCGAAGCACCAGAAUAAACUUCACUUUGGAGGCAUCUGAAGGUUGUUACAGAUGGUCUUCGACCAGACCGGAGGUGGCCAGCAUAGAAGCUGUGGAACAAGACCGUAGCAGGCAGUGUUCCCAGAUGGCUGUCCUCCAGGCCCGGUCAACCCAGCCCUCCAGACUGACCAGCAUCAUACUGGCUGAGGAUGUUGUGACCGGACAGGUGCUGCGCUGUGAUGCCAUCGUGGAUAUCAUCAGUGAGAUCCAGAUAGUAUCUACCACCAGAGAGCUGCACCUGGAAGACUCCCCCCUUGAACUGAAGAUCCAUGCCCUUGACUCUGAGGGCAACACCUUCAGCACUCUAGCAAGCCUGGUGUUUGACUGGACUAUUGUGAAAGAUGCAGACAUGGAUGGAUUUCCUGACUCCUACAGCUCAUUACGUGUUCUUAAAUUCUCUGAGUCUACGUACACCCCCCCUGGUUACAUAUCUGAGAUGGAAGGAGUGGGGAAACAAGGGGAUAUCAUCUUGGUGUCAGGACUGAAAACAGGCCAUGCCAAGCUCAAGGCCAAAAUUCAAGAAUCUCUCUAUAAGGAUGUGGGUGCAGCCGAGGUGAAACUGCUGAUUCUGGAGAACAUCCUGUUGAGCCCCGCGCAUGAUGUCUACCUCCUGGUGGGCACCUCCAUCCAGUACAAGGUCCAGAAGAUCAGACAGGGGAAGAUCACAGAGUUGUCCAUGCCCUGCGACCAGUACGAGCUGCACCUCCAGAACAGCGUGCCAGGGCCGGAUGGGAACCCUAAGAUGGCCGUGGCGAGCCUGGACCAGAGCACCUCCACCGCCACUGCCCUGCAAGUGGGACACGUUAACAUGGUGCUGGAUCACAAGAGUCUGCGAAUGCAAGGUGUGUCGCGGCUUCCCAACAGCACUCUGUAUGUGGUGGAGCCCGGAUAUCUGGGAUUUAAGAUUAACCCUGGAGAGAGCUGGGUCCUGGAAACAGGAAGAGUCUAUAAUAUCCUCAUCGAGGUGUUGGACAAGUCGAGCAAUAGGAUUUAUGUAUCGGAUAACAUUCGGAUCGAACCUGUCUUUCCAGAGGAAUACUUUAAGGUUCUGGAGUCCUCCCUCAACGGGUCCUACCACCGUGUCAAGGCUUUGAAAAAAGGACUAACGCUAAUUAAUGCUUCCCUCAAAUCUGUGCUGGAUAAAGAUGGAAGAGUCCAUGAGCUCGCCAACCCGGUCCACAAUGAACAGGAUGUAGAAAUCUACAACCCUAUACUGCUCAGUCCCGCUAUCCUCACGUUUCCAUGGCAGCCCAAGGUUGGAGCCUACCAGUACACCAUCCAGGCAGCUGGAGGCAGUGGGAAUUUCAGCUGGUCCUCGUCAAACCUGGCUGUUGCCACGGUGACAGUGAAAGGAGUGAUGACGACGGUCAGCGACAUCGGCGUCAGUGUGGUGUAUGCUCACGAUGUGCGCAACCCGUUGCACUACGGGACAAUGAAGGUGUAUGUGGUGGAGCCGGUGGGUAUGGACUUCUCUCCCUGCCCCGUGGAGUCCUGCGUAGGCCGGGUUCUGGAGCUGCCCCUCCGGAUCUUCGGCCUGUUAGGGGACGGUGGAACUGGGGAGAACCGGGUGAUGCUGAGCGACUGCAGCCACUUUGACCUGCAGGUGGAGGAGGAGACCCAGGGAGUGUUUCAGCUGCUGGAGGGCCGGCUGGCCCCGGGGCAGGGCCACUGUAGUGGGGUAAGGGCCCAUGCCCUCGCCCCAGGAUACACCACCGUAACGGUCAGCUACACCCAUGGCAACGUCCACCUCGGAGCCAAGAUCACCAUCGCUGCCUAUCCGCCACUCAAAGCUGUGGAUCCGGCCUCUGUUGCCUUGGUCACCCUGGGCUCAUCUAAAGAUAUACUGUUUGAGGGCGGGCCCAAGCCCUGGGUCCUAGAGCCCUCCAAGUUCUUCCGGAACCUGAAGGCAGAAGAUGAGAACAGUGUAAGCCUGGCUCUGACUGGACCCACCUCCCGCAGCUACCUGAGACACUGGGUCAGAGCCACCUGUCGAGCCUUGGGAGAACAGGUAUUGGCAGUUACCGUGGGAAACCAGCCCAGUCUGACUAAUCCCUAUCCUGCGGUGGAACCGGCGGUUGUAAAGUUUGUGUGUGCCCCUCCCUCUCGCCUCACCCUUGUCCCUGUAUAUACCAGUCCCCAGCUGGACCUCACCUGCCCCCUGCUGCAGCAGAACAAACAGCUGGUGCCUGUCUCAAACUACCGCAACCCUGUGCUGGACCUGGCGGCCUUCGAUCAGCACGGAAGGAAGUUUGACAACUUCAGUUCUCUGAGUGUCGUCUGGGAGUCCACCAAGGUUUCCCUUGCCAGCAUUGAACCCAGCAUGCCCAUGAAACUGGAAGUACAAGAGGACAGCAACAAGCAGAAGAAACUUCACGGUCGUCAGACUGUCAUGGUCCACCACCAUUCUGGGACAGCUGCUAUUACAGUAACAGCUAUGGGUUACCAGGUCUCUCACUUGCAGGCUGCCAAAGUGCUCAGCCCGUUUGACCCGCUGACCCCUGUCUCAGCCACUCUGGAGCUUCUGUUAGUGGAGGAUGUUACAGUCAGUCCUGACUCCGUCACUAUAUACAAUCAUCCAGACGUUCGGGCUGAACUCACCCUGAGGGAAGGCUCUGGGUAUUUCUUCGUCAACACCAGUGUCGUGGGGAUUGCAGAUGUGGUGUUCAAGGAAGCCCAAGGAUCUGCUGAGGUGGCUCCGGUCAAACCGGGGAUGGUGCAGGUCAUGGUUCACGACCUCUGCCUGGCUUUCCCCGCCCCUGCCACGGCCUCGGUCCACGUUUCCAACGUCAUGGAGGUUUCUGUCCGAGUGGUGGAUAAGGUGGAGAUAGGCAAAUCUGUGAAGGCCCAUGUCAGGGUUCUGGAUGACAACAAGAAGCCAUUUCUUGCCAAAUAUUUCCGAUUUUUGAAUCUGAAACUCAGUGCAGUGUCUGCUAUUGUGUCUCUGCAAGCACUGUCAGAUCCUUCAGAGAAGGACACCGCAAUCUUUCUGGUCAAAGGCUUAGCUAUUGGGCAGACCAGCAUUUCGGCUGUACUACUAGACAAAACUGGAAGGAAAAUUACAUCUGCUCCCCAGCAAAUUGAGGUUUUCCCACCAUUCAAACUGAUCCCCAGGAAAAUGACUCUGAUAAUCGGAGCGAUGAUGCAGAUCACAUCGGAGGGUGGCCCCCAGCCGCAGUCCAACAUUCUGUUCUCCAUGGCCAAUGAGAAGAUAGCAUCUGUGAAUGGCAUGGGUCACGUCAAGGGCGUCGCCAUCGGCAACGUCACAGUAACAGGACUGGUACAAGCUGUGGACGCCGAGACUGGGAAGCUGGUGGUCGUGUCGCAGGACCAAGUAGAGGUUGAAGUUGUACAGUUGAGGGCCAUCCGCAUUCGUGCCCCCAUCACCAGAAUGAAGACUGGGACACAGAUGCCAGUGUAUCUGAUAGGACUCACCAGCAGUCAGACCCCCUUCUCAUUUGGCAACGCCGUGCCCGGCCUUACCUUCCUUUGGACUACCACCAAGAGAGACAUCCUGGAAGUCCAAUCACGACAUGCUGAGGCCUCUGUGCAGCUCCAACCGGAGCAUAACUUUGCUAUGAGUGUGACGGGGAAAACCAAGGGAAGAACAGGACUGAAGGUGGUGCUCAAAGUCACUGACCCAAAAGUUGGUCAGCUGGAGGGGAACCUGGUGGAGCUCAGUGAUGAACUCCAGAUCCAGGUUUAUGACAAGCUGCACAUGCUGAAUCCAACCGUUGAGGCUGAGGAGAUAUUGAUGGCUCCCAACUCUGGGCUCAAACUCCAAACUAGCAGGGAUGGUGUGGGAGCUCUGUUCUACCAAGUGCUGGACUGUCCCAACCAGGCUGUUGUUGUCCAGGUGGACGAUAAGGGUUUCCUGUCCUCAGGCUCGCUCACUGGCUCCUCCUCCCUCCUCGUCACCUCCCAGGAGACCUUCGGUGUCAAUCAAACCUUGGUCCUUGCUGUAAAGGUGGCGCCAGUGUCUUACCUGCGGUUCAGCACCGGUCCAGUUCUCCAUAGUCCUUCCAAAGACACGCUGUCUACCUUCCCACUGGGCGUGGUCCUCACCUUCACUGUUCACCUCCACGCCAACACUGGGGAAGGCCUUCACAGCCACAACUCCCUACUCACGUUUGCCACUAACAGGGACGACCUGGUGCAGGUGACCCGCGGCCUAGGUAACAACACCCUGACUGUGAGGACGGUCGGCACAGGCCUCACCAUGCUGGCUGUGUGGGACCAGGAGCAGCCGGGCAUGGCCGACUACCUGGCGCUGCCCGUCCACCACGCCAUCCACCCCGAGGAUGCCGCCAGGCUGGUGGUCGGGGAUGUGGUGUGCUUCAGCGCCCAGGUGGUCAGCCCUCAAGGUGUCCCGGGUAUCUGGAGCUCCUCAUCCUCCGGCGUUCUGCAGGUGGACCCUAAAACGGGCGUGGCCAUGGCCCGGGACGCCGGCACUGCCACCAUCUUCUAUCAAAUCCCGGGCCUGGUCAAGACAUACAGAGAGGUGGUGGUGGAGGCAGCCACCAGGACCGUGGCGUGGACUCUCCCCGCAGGGGCCAAAGGGGACAAGGCCCCCAGUGUGCUGCUCAGCACCAGAGACACUGGAACCAACCUGGUAGGAUCCUGCUCCCUGGUCCAAACCGAGGCCAUCGCCGCACUCCGCCCAGAGACCUCCGUCAGCUGCCACCCGAGCUUCAACAGUGAUGCCGUCGGGUUCUCCGCCCGCGACGUUUACCUCACACGCACCGGUUUCGACCCCAGCACAGGUUUCUACACAUGCUCCCUGAUCCUGCAGCCUCUAAAUGAGCAACAGACUCGGAUGCUGAGCCUGUCUCUGACCGACCUGUCAGUGAGGGCAGGGGUUGAGGGCAGUGCAUUCUAUGGGGAGCAGGUGAGUGCCCGGCUGCCCGUGGAGACUGGCCUGUACUCCGACCAGACGGAGCUGCUGCUCAGCAACCUGCACCCCGAGGCGGAGCUCACCAUCUACGGUCCCUCCGCAGCAAUCAGCAGCCUGGAGGUAGCCUCCAGCUCUCCGUCCAUCUCUGUCCAGGAGAGAGAGGUGUCCCACGGCUUUCCCAGUUUCUCCAAGUACACGGUCAGUGCGCUGGUCUUUCAUGCUGCUGCCUCCGCGUCCGUGUCUGUAACCAGCUCAUCCACCGGCCAGACGCUCGUCAUCCCAGUCAACCUCAUCCACGUGACUGAUCCAACUAACUCAAUGCGAGCAUCCGGCCCCAUGGGUCCACUGGAGGGAGGCCAUUUCCUGCAGGGCUUCAUCGACUCCUACCAGAUGAUGUUCUUCACCGUCUUCGCUCUACUCGCCGGCACCGCCGUCGUCAUCAUCGUGUGCCACGCCCUGUUCUCCCAGAGGGACUUGGCACCUCACCCGGCCUUCAUCCAGAGGUCGCCAGCCUCCUCAGGUUUCACCCCACCGGUCUCAAACUCGUUUGUUUACAAGAUAGCCUCCCCUGAUACAAAGACCAGCCCCAAAAUCAGACUUUUUUCCCCAGACUACAAUUCUCGGUAAAGAUCCCUACCGCACUUCCCCUGCCUGUGGCAACACCAGGCCUGAACUGAACAUUGGAAAGUGGUGCCUUUGUCAAACAUUUCAAAAUUCUUCCUUAAUUCAGUCAUUUGUUCAUUGUUCGAAAGGAUACACAGUUUGCUUAGGGAGAAACUCCAAGAAUGAAGUGUGUUCUCAACUGGGCAAACAUCCGUCCUCUCCUCGACAUCUCUGUGAAUUGUAUACAGAUGAGGUGUGUGUGAGAGAGAAGCAUGGCAUGUUAAAGGGAUAGUUGUGGAUUUUGGGCGUGAAACAUCUGCUUCUUCAGUCAGGUGAAAUCUUGGACUGUAUUUGUAUGUCUGUGUCCAAUAUGAAGAAAGUAAAGUUUCACAAUAUGAAGUUAACUUGUGUUAACACAAUAACAAAUCUACUGGUACAGCCAACUGUGGUAAGAAUUUCCAUAGUCUUUUAGUUAUUGCCGUUACAUUUCUUUGCAGCUUCCUUAAACUGAAACCUGUAUCCAAAAGUUCUUAUAUUGCGAAGUCCCAAACUAUCCCUUUAAAAUAUUUUUUUAUAGUCCUGUUUUAUACCAUAUGAUAUUUGGAGACCAGUUUUUUAUUUUGAGAGGCUUCAGCAUUUGGCAAAUUUAUAUUCUUAUUUUGCUUUGCGUAUGUAACAAUUUUGCUAUUCAAAUAUGCUUGAAGAUAUGUUGUUAAUCAAUAAUUCUCAUUGGGACACUCAGGAAUUUAAAUAAUCUCCUGGAUAACCUAGUUGUAAGCAGCCAAGGAUGACACACAGUAGCUUAUUUCAUUUCCAAAAAAAAUUAAAUGGCAAUGUAGCAUUUUGAAUUUGAGUACGACGACUUAAUCUUUUUUUCUUAUCAGGUGAUAUGUCCUCUAUUUUCAAAAUCUGAAUAUGGUCAGUGUGUUAAUUUUGAAGGUAUUCUUGUUUUGCAACUUGUAUUUAUUAAUUUUAAAAUGCUUUGUUUAGUACAGUACAUAUUGAGCCUAAAAACAGGCAGCUCUUUGAAUCAACAAUGUGAAAUACUUUGGAAAUGUGAACUUUCAGUUUUCAUCACACAAUUCUGACCUAAUUGGGCUGAUGAGGUUAUUGUACAUAAUCUCUGUAUUACAAGACAUAUGUUCAUAUGUAUGUGGCGAGAGCCUGGAAGGCAAGCUUUGGUGUGUUUAUAUGUAAGACUGUUAAGACUGCACUGAAUUGUUAGGAAGAAUCAUCACUGUUUUUGUGUUUGGGGAAACCUGUGGACUUUCUCAAGGUGAUUUAUGUUGAUUGCUUUCAGAUUUAAAAUGCAGAUGGAGUAUGUUAUUCGUCUGCUGCAAUGCCUCAUGUUUCCAGUGUUAUAGGUUUCAAAGAUUGAAAUACACUGCCUUACUCAUCUUGCAGAAGAACUAUGCCGCAUGAUGUGCUAGUACUAGGUUUUCCAUCCAGCUUCACUCUUUGUCAUUGUGUGAUAAUAAAGUUUUUACUUUUGCGUUUGAUCAA